CGCCGGACUCUAUUGAAGGCCGACAGAAGAUGCGGGAGAAAUGGUUGCAUCAGGUGUUCGACGCGGCCGACAGCGACCAGAAGGGAAUGCUUGACGAAUGGGAGACAAUAGCGUUGAUGAAGAAGUUAAACGAUAAGCUCUGUAUCAGAAGUUUGAAGCAAAAGAUAAUGGAGUUUGAGUUCGGAAAGGAUGAGGAAGAGAGGGGAAGGAUCAGCAAAAAAGUGUUCAUUACGUUGUUUACAGAGACGGCUACCAGACCUGACAUUUACUUUAUUCUCGUCCGGUAUUGUGGGAGAGAUUAUAUGACUGUUGAAGACCUGCAACUGUUUCUGGAGGGCGAACAGGGAGUGUGUGGUCUUAGUAUUGAGGAAUGUCUGGAUCUCAUUACCAAAUACGAGCCCUCAGAAGAGGCCCGAAAUAAUAAACAGCUACUCAUCGAUGGCUUCACACAAUUUCUACUCUCAGAAGAAUGUGAUAUAAUGUCAGUUCAUCACAAAGAUAUCUGUCAUGACAUGUCUCAGCCAUUAUCGCAUUAUUUCAUCUCAACCUCUCAUAACACUUAUCUACUCGAAGACCAACUAAAAGGACCGUCAAGUGCUGAAGGAUAUGCCAGAGCUCUACUCCAAGAUAUGCGAUCCUAUUAUGAAAGGGUGUUCGACGCGGCCGACAGCGACCAGAAGGGAAUGCUUGACGAAUGGGAGACAAUAGCGUUGAUGAAGAAGUUAAACGAUAAGCUCUGUAUCAGAAGUUUGAAGCAAAAGAUAAUGGAGUUUGAGUUCGGAAAGGAUGAAGAAGAGAGGGGAAGGAUCAGCAAAAAAGUGUUCAUUACGUUGUUUACAGAGACGGCGACCAGACCUGACAUUUAUUUUAUUCUUGUCCGGUAUUGUGGGAGAGAUUAUAUGACUGUUGAAGACCUGCAACUGUUUCUGGAGGGCGAACAGGGAGUGUGUGGUCUUAGUAUUGAGGAAUGUCUGGAUCUCAUUACCAAAUACGAGCCCUCAGAAGAGGCCCGAACUAAUAAACAGCUACUCAUCGAUGGCUUCACACAAUUUCUACUCUCAGAAGAAUGUGAUAUAAUGUCAGUUCAUCACAAAGAUAUCUGUCAUGACAUGUCUCAGCCAUUAUCGCAUUAUUUCAUCUCAACCUCUCAUAACACUUAUCUACUCGAAGACCAACUAAAAGGACCGUCAAGUGCUGAAGGAUAUGCCAGAGCUCUACUCCAAGGGUGUCGUUGUGUGAAAGUGGACUGUUAUGAUGGAAAUGACGGUCCGGUUGUAUACCACGGAAAUACACUCACUUCUAAAGUAGCUCUGGAGGACGUUCUCGAGACCAUUCACGCCAACGCUUUUGUCGUCUCC